AUGAGGCCGCUCACCGAGGAGGAGACCAAGGUUGUUUUCGAAAAGCUGGCCAACUACAUUGGCCGUAAUAUCGCAUACCUGGUGGAUAAUAAAGAGGAUCCUCAUGUUUUUAGAUUACAAAAAGAUAGAGUCUAUUAUGUCAGUGAUCGCAUAGCGAAAGUUGCAACUUCUGUCGCAAGACCAAACCUCAUGUCUCUUGGUGUGUGUUUCGGGAAGUUCACAAAAACCGGAAAAUUCAGACUGCAUAUUACCUCCUUGAAAUACCUGGCUCAAUACGCAAAAUACAAGGUCUGGAUCAAACAAAACGGAGAAAUGCCAUUCUUAUACGGAAAUCAUGUCCUCAAAGCACACGUUGGAAAGAUGAGCGAAGACAUUCCAGAACAUGCCGGAGUGAUAGUUUUCUCUAUGGCAGAUGUGCCUCUAGGAUUUGGUGUUAGCGCAAAGUCGACUAUCGAAGCGAAGAACUUGCAACCAACAGGUAUUGUGGUUUUCCGUCAAGGAGACAUUGGAGAAUAUCUCAGAGACGAGGAUACGUUGUUUACAUAG